AUUGAAUAUAACAUGGUGUGUUAAUAGCGCCGCCCAUUACUGGGGGUACAAGGUAGUAAUUAAUUUAUUUAUUAUGGUUUAUUUAAUUGUACAAAUAAUGUUUCUGUUUAAUUAAUAGCCAUACGAUAUGACCAUAAACCCCGUGGAGUGUAAUAUACGGCACGUGAUGAUGGGCGAGGGCUUUCACAACUAUCACCACACAUUUCCAUGGGACUAUAAGGCGAGUGAAUAUGGUCCAUUAGAUGGGUUCAACCCGGCCACCAUAUUCAUAAACACGAUGGCUGUGUUGGGUCAGGCGUACGAUUUGCGUCAACCCUCACCCGAUAUGAUAGGAGAGAGACGUAAACGUACCGGUGAUAUGACCAACAAAAAAUUGAGCAUGGUCUGGGAGAUGUUCACCGCGUUGGCUACUGUGCUAAUUAUUAUAUCCCCAUUACUGAUUAGACUCACGCAACCUUAUUAAAUUGU